AUGUUCUACAAAAAUCCACUGCUUUCGACGCUUUUAUUGUUUUGCACCAUUUACGGGCAAACCUCAUCCAAAGGUAUAAAGCAAAAACGUUUGCUGUACGACCUUGCCGAUCCUUUUGUGUCGGUAACGGAGCCCGCACCAUUCUACCACCCUACAACGUUCCACCCGCCAGCCCCCGUUUAUUCAUCGGACGCUCCAAUCCUCAAUCAAGUAAUCAAACCAAUCCCAUCGGCUGUUCCACCCUUCCAUCCGAAGCCAUCGCUGCUGAACCUCUACAAGAGCAACUACUUCGACUAUUCCAACUACGGUGCUCCGUUUCACUUCGUCGGUAGCAACCAGCUGGGAUUUAGCGAUGAAGAAACCUACAUCGCCGAUGGCCGCAUUUUGAAACAAUACUCGGUUCUAGAGCAUCACCCUGAGGAUGUCGAACGCCAUCGUCUAUUGCAACCGACCCCAUCCUAUUUCCAGCACAAUCUACCACCACUGUUCGAUCUACCGAUCUCUUCCGCCAUCGGGUUCAAUCCACGACUGGGUCUGCCGCUCAACCAAUCGCCGUUGCUGACGAAAAACCACGGCCCCGUUGCGCUAGGAUCCGGCUCGCUGGGAUACAUUCACGGUCCCAACGGUGUCGUGUUCGGUUCCGGUUCCCUUGGGUACAUCAGCCAUCAGCAGCAUCGCAAUUCGCUGUCCGAAAUCGUAGCCCGCCGGAGCCGAAAGCUUCGACCGGGACCGCUUCACUUUGGCCAUAAUCACGACUAA